AUGGUUAAGGAUUUAAAGCAUGUGAGGUUUCCUAUGAAAAUGUAUCGGCUGAAGACCUUUAAAGAGAUCAAGUCUAUUGAAGGCCUUGAUGAGAAACACCUAUUUGAUGUUAUUGGUCGAGUUAUUGAAAUACACUGCCCAGAGGAAAAAUUAAUUAAUGGGAAGAACUCCAGGCUGAUUGACUUCACUCUUGAAGACCCCGAUGGAAUACAACUAAUGUGUACUUUGUGGGAUGAACACGUAAGCAAGAUUGAGGCAUUCUACAAUUCUACUUCACAAGAACCAUUGUUGGUCUUGGUACAGUUCUGUAGGGCAAGGGUGUGUUUAAAAAGUGGUGAUGUCAAGAUUUGUAGCUCCUAUGAUGUAACACAGCUGCUUUUCAACCAAGAAUCUCCCCCCUUUGAGGAGUUCAGGAAGAGGACGAGUCAUGAACAAACACCAAUGCGCAUUGCACUAUCUGGUGAUAUGGAAGUGCGUACUAUCAGUGAGAUCUACAGAGACAAGGAGUUUGGAGAUUUCUGGGUUGCAGCUAGGAUUGUGUUCAUUGAUGAUCCAGAGUGUACAUGUGACAGAAAUUGGGGUGAUGGGACACUGAGGUACAGAGUUAAGGUUAGAGUUGUGGACUUGGAUGGCAAUGCGCCUUUUCUUCUAUGGGACAGGGAGUGCCUCGAUCUAAUUGGAAUUAGUGCAGAUGAUUUGAAGGAUACCCAUACAAAGGGAAGAAAGGGUCUACCUAAGGAGCUUGAAACUCUAAUCGGCUUGAAUAUGUUAUUUCGAAUUGCUGUGCGUAAGGAACAGUUCCAAAAAUAUCUCAAUGCUUUCCCUGUUAUGAGAAUCAUCACUGAUGAAAAGAUUGUUGAGAAGCACGCACCAGAGCUAAUCCAAGUUAGGGACAGGGACCUCUCAUCAAAGUUGGAGUUGGAGCUUACGGAUGAGGACCUAUGGGAUAUAGAGGAUAUCGACCAGCAAAUGAAGCUGAAAGCCCUCUCCAAGUUGUUGCACAGAGGCUGA